AUGCCUGCUCCAAUCCCCGCGACCGCUCUCCUCGCCGCCACCCAGAACGACAAGGCGAUGCUUCUCGAUAUCCUUGAGUUGCUCAAUAAGCUCUUCGCGCGCAACAGCAACCAGCACCGUCGCUCCCACUGGUGGAAGAGCCUACACCAGUUCCGAAAGCAGCUCGGCCUCUUGCUCUCGGAAGUGGAGACCGGCAAGAAGAGCGAGCGCCCGGAGAAGAUUGCCGCCAGGUUGACGUUCUGGGACGAGAAGUAUAUCCAUCAGUGGUACUACCAGUUCUCUCAGCUCACUGCAGUGGGACCGUUCGCCAUGCUCGGUUUGGUGAUGAUGGCGUCUGUUGCGCGCGUGUGCCGCAUUUGCGGUAUCACUGCUGUUUAUGAAGAGAUCGGUUCGGGCGACAUCAAAGGUAUUCUGAGCGCCAAUGACGAGUUGGCUUUGGCUGCCGAGUUUGGUGGCGUUCUGGAUGCCGGGGAGGAGUGGGACGAGGGAGUUGUGAUUUCGAGGGAGGAGUAG